AUGCCAAAUUCCUUACCCUCGCCGCCGAGACCGGAAACAUUACGUGAAGCGACGUCGAUAAACAUGGACAGGAUCACACAAUUACAACAAUCGAUAGAUAGGAUGGUCUCCAUUUUUCUUACAGUAGUCGAUAAGCUAAAUAACACAAACCUCCAAACUCAGGAUCCUCAAAAGUUUAAGAGCGAGCAACAAGAGAUCGUUCAUGACAUCUGCACUAAUGCGAAACAAAUAGAAUUGUUGAUCGCGGCUCUACCUGGCAUAAACCGUUCCGAGUCGGAACAGAUCGCAACGUUUAAGGCUUUAGAACAGGAAUUACAGGAAGCAAAUGAAGAAUAUCAGAGAUCAAUUCAAAAUGCAGAAUCAUUAUUGAAACAAAUCUUGGAUACCAUAAGUAUUAUAGCCAAAGAUCAAAGCUCAUCGACUUUUGAAUGA